AGCAGCCAACAUGGCUGCGCUCUUGAGCCCGGGAGGCGGCAGCCGCUGAGCCCUGAGCCCCUCUCCACGGCCCCCGGCUCCAGUCCAUGGCCCCCUGGGAGCCCCGGCUCCCGUCACACUAGGGCUGCAGCUAAGUCGCCCGCCCGCCCGCCUGCCCGCUCGCCCGCCCGCCUGGGGGGCGCCGGGAGCAGCAGCGGCGGCAGCAGCAGCCGCCACCGCCGCCAAGAGGUCCUUCGCCCAGCCCCGGGCAAGAGGGGUUUUAUUGCCGACUCCCGGAUUAGGGGAGCGCUUGAAGCCCCCCUCCUAUAACGCUCUCCUGGCCGAAGGAGGCCUCUGAGGGAGGGGGGCGCGUGGAGAAGCCCACGGGGGAAGCUCCUUGGAGCCAUGGAGCCAAAGCACCGGGAGCUGCUUGCUCAUUGUCAGCAGAGCCUGGCUCAGGCCAUGACUGAGGUGGAAGCCGUCCUGGGGCUGCUGGAGGCGGCCGGAGCCCUGAGUGCCGGGGACCGAAGGCAGCUGGAAGAGGAGACGGCCGCGGCUGGAGGGGCCGGCGGCCCCGGGGCCAAGGCGGAGCUGCUGCUCAAACUGCUGCUCUCCAAGGAGCGAGACCACUUCCAGGACCUUCGGGUAGCCCUGGAGAAGACCCAGCCUCACCUGCUCCCCAUCCUUUACCUGAACGGAGUGGCAGGGGCGCCUCAGCCCUCGGAGGGUGCAGGAUCCACUUACAGUGUCUUGUCCAUCAUGCCCUCGGACUCAGAGAGCAGCAGUUCCCUCAGUAGUGUGGGCACGACUGGAAAGGCGUCCUCUCCUCCACCCCCCGGCACCGAGAGCAGGCAGGCGAAUGAGAAAGUGGAGACCCUUUUGAUUCAGCUGAGGCUGAUCACCCGAGAGAGGGACGAGCUGAGGAAGCGUCUGGCUCUGUCAUCUCCUGGUUCGACUUUCGACGACUGCAGGCCGUACCACAAGCUGAACCCUGACUAUGAGAGGCUCAAGAUUCAGUGUAUGAGGGCUAUGUCAGACCUGCAGUCACUGCAGAACCAGCACACCAAGACCCUGAAGAGGUGUGAGGAGGUCGCCAAAGAGGCCGACUUUUACCACACUCUGCACAACCGACUCCUGAGUGACCAGGCACAGCUGAAGGAGGAUGUGGACACACUGAGGCGGGAGAAUGGACAGUUGCUGCGGGAACGGAACCACCUGCAGCAGUCCUGUGAAGACAUGAGACGUCUUCGAGAGGAGGACCAGAAGGAGAUCAGUGACCUCCGGACCCAGCAGCAGCAGGUCUUGAAGGAGAAUGGGUCGUCGGAGAUCCUCAACGCGCUGUAUGAUGCAGCUGUGGGGAAGCUGGAGGGGCUGAAGAAGGAAUACGAUGGGCUGAGAAAGCGGUAUAGUGAGAAGGUUGCCAAUCACAACAGCGACCUGAGCCGGCUGGAGCAGACGGAGGAAGAAAACAGGCGCCUGCAGAAGCAGGCUGACAGCCUGGUGAAGCAGAGAGACGCAUCCCUCCACUUCCAGCAGCAGUGCUCCUUGUCUCUCCGGCGGUUUGAGACGAUGCAGCAGGACCUGAACAAAGCAAUGGUCCAGAAUAAGGAGCUUCAGCGGGAAAUGGAGCGCCUGCAGUCAGAGGUGACCCGGCUGAGGGCCAUGCAGCUGAAGGCCCUGAAGGAUGCGGAGAAGUACAAGGAGGAGCGGGACUCUGUCUUCAAUGAGUAUCAGCUCAUCAUGAGUGAGAGGGACCAGGUCAUCAAGGAGCUGGACAAACUUCAGACGGAGCUAGAGCUUGCGGAGUCCAAGCUGAAGAACACCACCUCUGAGAAAAGGGUGGCCAGUGAAGAGAUGGAGGCGCUGAGACAGGAGCUGAACUCAGCUCUGGUGGAAAGAGAUCGGGCAGUCUGUGAGAGGAAUGAGUUACUGGAAAAAUACUGCUACGAGGUGAAGGACAAGGCGGAAGCCCAAAAAGAGCUUGAUCAAGCUUGCAAAGAUAUAGAGGCAGUGAAGGAGGAAAGAGAUGUGGCCAGGAAGGAGAGGACAGAAGCUAUCAUCCAGAGAGACCAUCUGCUCAGGGAAUAUUACCAAGCUCGCCAGAUACAGGAUUCGGCAACCCUGGACAUUGAGAGAGCCAACAAAGAGAUCGAAAUGCUCCGGAAGCAGUAUGAGGCCAUGUCCCAGGAGCUCAAGGAAGCCACCCAAGAGGCAGAAGUGGCGAAAUGUAGGAGAGAUUGGGCCUUCCAGGAAAGAGACAAGAUUGUGGCGGAGAGGGAGAGUAUACGGACCUUGUGUGACAACCUCCGGCGUGAGAGGGACCGAGCAGUGAGUGACCUGGCUGAAGCCUUGCGCAACCUGGAUGAUAUGAGGAAACAAAAGAAUGAUGCGGGCAGAGAGCUCAAGGAGCUGAAGGAAAAAAUGGAGAACCAGCUGGAAAAGGAAGCCCGUUUCCGGCAGCUGAUGGCUCAUAGUUCCCAUGAUUCGGCCAUUGACACGGAUUCUAUGGAGUGGGAAACAGAAAUAGUAGAGUUUGAAAAGGACAGAGAGGAUAUGGAUUUGAAGGCACUUGGAUUUGAUGUGGCAGAAGGUGUGAAUGAACCCUAUCUCCCUGGGGACUGUGGCAUUUUUGUCACUAAAGUCGACAAGGGAAGCAUUGCAGAUGGGCGAUUAAGGGUAAAUGAUUGGCUGCUCAGAAUCAAUGACGUGGACCUCACCAACAAGGACAAGAAGCAGGUGGUCAAGGCUGUUCUCAGUGGUGGAGGGGUCAUUAACAUGGUGGUCCGGAGAAGGAAGUCUCUGGGAGGGAAAGUGAUAACGCCGCUCCACAUUAACCUGGCUGGACACAAAGAGAGUGGCAUCAGCCUGGAGAAUGGCGUGUUUGCUGCUGCUGUUGUUCCCGGAAGCCCUGCUUCUAAAGAAGGAUCCCUUACCGUGGGAGACAGGAUUAUUGCUAUUAAUGGCAUUGCACUAGAUAACAAGUCUCUGACUGAAUGUGAAUCCCUUCUCCGGAACUGCCGGGAUUCCUUGACCCUCUCACUAAUGAAGGUGUUCCCUCAGAGCUCCUCGUGGAGCGGUCAGAAUAUUUUUGAGAAUCUCAAGGACUCGGAGAAAGUGUUGAACUGUCGGCUCCAUGCGUCCGAGGUCCAGGUUCAGAACAAACGAAACUUGACUCAGCACAACAGUUCCACACAGACGGACAUUUUCCAUUUGGAGAGCCUGGAGGACAAGAAGGAUCCAAGCACCCCAGGAAGCGGUGGAGGUUCCUUCUGUGAGCACAAGCCCUUCCCCCGAGCACCCUUGCAGGUUGUUGACCCUCAUCGGAGCUGCCACAGCGCCUCGGAGCACAGUCUUAGCUCCUUUAGCUCAGACCCUUAUGGGGAGCGUGGGUAUGGACUGGUGAAUUUGGGCAGUCGGCGGAUGCUGCCUCCCUUUGACACUGUCAUUGGGGACUGUGUCCUGGUGGGAAACACGUUGGGAGAGGCAGGGUCAGGAAUGAAACACAGUGGUGGGACCUGGCCCAAGGUUAUGGUCAAUGCCUCUUCAGCAGAGACAGAGAAAUUCUCUGUCUAUAAGAAACCAAAGCAGAGGAAGUCAAUCUUUGAUCCGGACACUUUCAAGCGCCCCCAGACACCUCCCAAAGUAGAUUACCUCUCUCCAGGCCCUGCACCUGCUCAUUCUCCCCAGCCCUCCAAGGCAGAAGGGCCCCCAACUCCUCCUACUCCUCCCAAGAGGAGUGACUCCAUUAAGUUCAAACACAGACCACAAGAUAGCUCUGGUUCAGAAACCACACUGGUACCCAGCUCUCCUUCCACCAGUCCGCCAGCCAGCCUUCCUUCUGCACCAGCCCCCCUGGGGCUCAAACAAGACUCCUCACCUCACAAGGGGAGGGGUCGCAUUCCUGGGCACUACUACCGGGAAGAGGAAGGGGACUGUGCCCUCUUGCCUGGGAGGAAAGCCUGUGAAGAGGAUGCCAAUUUCCAGAGAGGGGAUGAGGCAGAUCUGAAGCGACCCCGGCCCAAAUCAGCACCGAUUCUUCGGCAUAAACUCACCCCAGUAACCAUUCCCAACCAGUCACUUCAGGCACAGAAAUACACUCCAGCCACGGAAGAACACUUCACCCCCGAGGUCCAGGAGUGGAUCCCCUACUCCCCAAAGCGUUCUUCCAGGCACAGUGAUGGCUUUGUCCCUAUUUACUCUGGUGGAGUAUCUGCAGGUACUGUUCCAAGGAAUUUAGCCCCAUGCCCUGCAGUGACUGCCAUCAUGAGGAACCCUAUCUACACGGCCUGGAGCCAUAGAGUUCACCCCAACAGCUGCCAGUCUGCUGCCAGCCAGAUGCACCAUCAGCACUUGCAUCCCAGUGCACAACACCAGGGCCGCCUGAGCCUGGACCUUAGUCACAAGCACUCCAGCGACUACUCAGAGACCUCAAGGACAAGAACCUCUCACGGGUCCAACUCAUUACCAUCUAGUGCCCGACUCGGAUCUUCAAGUAACUUGCAAUUUCGGACGGAACGCAUCAAAAUCCCACUAACACCAAGAUAUCCUCGAUCUGUCAUGGGCUCUGACAGAGGUUCGUUGUCACAUUCUGAAUGCAGUAGCCCUAGCCUGAUCACUCCUCCCCAGUCACCCCUGAACCUAGAAACCUCAUCUUUCGCCAGUAGCCAGUCCCAGAGCUCACUCUCCACACUGCCCAGGAUUGCUAUCAGCCCAGCAUCAAUAGGGGAGCGAAGGAAGGACAGAUAUCUGUACCGUAAUAGAUCUUUUCUGAGACUUCCUGUGGCUCCCAGGGCUAGGUUCUCCUCCCUAAGGAGUCUGAGGCCUUACAUGGAGGAACCUCGCCAUGUCAAAGUGCAAAAGGGUUCAGAGCCACUUGGGAUUUCCAUAGUGAGUGGGGAAAAUGGCGGAAUCUUCGUUUCGAAAGUAACCGGAGGAAGCAUUGCUCACCAAGCUGGACUAGAGUAUGGAGAUCAGUUACUGGAGUUCAAUGGCAUUAACUUGAGAAAUGCGACAGAGCAACAGGCGAGGCUGAUCAUCGGUCAGCAGUGUGACACCAUCACUAUCCUGGCCCAGUAUAACCCACACAUGUAUCAGCUUGGUAACCACUCCCGGUCCAGCUCUCGACUGGACCCUGUGAGCUCUCAUUCAAAUCCACAGGGCAGUGGGUCUGCCACUCCAGACAGCCAUUCCAUCAUUGACACCGUGAGUGAGCAGGAUGAGGGGACCAUAACACCAACAUCCAAGCAGACCACACCCACCACCAGCCCUCGCAAUUCCAUCAGGGUCCUGGCUGAUGCCAACAAGAGAACUCCAGAACCUCGAGUUGUCAUCAUCAAAAAGUCUCAGGUGGAACUCGGCGUGCAGAUAUGUGGCGGGAACCUGCAUGGGGUGUUUGUGGCAGACGUGGAGGAUGGUAGUCCUGCCUGUGGCCCUGAGGGGUUGGUGCCGGGAGACCUUAUACUUGAGUAUGGUUCUGUGGACAUGAGGAAUAAAACAGCGGAGGAAGCCUACCUGGAGAUGUUGAAACCUGGGGAGAACAUUCGUGUGAAGGUGCAGUAUCGCCUGGAAGAUUUCAACAAGGUCAAGGACAUUCCAGGCGAUGGAUUCUACAUUAGGGCUCUGUAUGACCGGCUGGCCGAAGUGGAUCAGGAUCUGAGCUUCAAGAAGGACGACAUCCUCUAUAUCGACGACACCCUCCCCCAGGGUACCUUUGGCUGUUGGAUGGCCUGGCAACUGGAUGAGAAUGCACAGAAGCUGGAAAGAGGCCAGAUCCCCAGCAAAUACAUGAUGGACCAGGAGGUCUCCAGGAGACACAGCAUGUCUGAAGUCAAAGACGAAAACAACUCAAAGACGUUGUCAGCCGCCGCACGGAGGUCUUUCUUCCGAAGAAAACAGAAACAUAAACGUAACGGCUCUAAGGAUAGUAAAGACUUGCUGGCUCUGGACACCGUCAGCACGGACUCCAUUCCCUUCCUGGAAGAUUCAGUCAGCUUGGCUUAUCAGCGGGUGCAGAAGGUGGAUUGCACUUCUCCAAGGCCUGUAUUGAUCCUAGGGCCUUUACUUGAUGCUGUGAAGGACAUGUUGGUGAAGGAGGCUCCUGGGAAAUUUUGCAGAUGUCCUCUGGAGGUGAUGAAGGCCUCCCAACAGGCCAUUGAGCGAGGGGUCAAAGAUUGUCUGUUCAUUGACUAUAAAAGGAGAAGCGGCCAUUUUGACGUGACUACUGUAGCAUCAAUAAAGGAGAUAACAGAGAAGGACUGCCAUUGUCUCCUGGACAUUGGUCCGCAUGCCAUUGAGCGGCUCCAUAGCAUCCAUAUCUACCCCAUUGUCAUCUUUAUCCGCUACAAGAAUGCUAAGCAGAUCAAAGAACAGAGAGAUCCCAUCUUCCUGAGGGACAAAGUCACCCAGAGACAUUCCAAAGAACAAUUUGAGACGGCUCAGAAGAUAGAACAGGAGUACAGCAAGUAUUUCACAGGUAUUAUCCAGGGCGGAGCCCUUGGGAACAUUUGCACUCAGAUCUUGACGACUGUUGAUGAAGAACAAAACAAAGUCCUGUGGAUUCCAGCUUGCCCACUAUAGACAGACAUUUUGCUGUGAAGUGCAGAAUAUAUUCUCCCAGUGUAGAUAGGUGGCCAGACUUUAAAUAUUAUAUAUAUUCAGACAGUUCUUCAUGAAGGGGAUUGAGACACUAACAUGGAUAACCAAAAGCACCUGCUUAAGUGGCUGAAUGAGACUGAAGCCUUGGCCGGCGGAACUCAUUUCUCUCUCAUUUGUGCAUUUAUUUUCAGAGAGAGAGAGAGAGAGAGAGAGAGAGAGAGAGACUGACUGACUUUCUAGCAUGAUGGGGGUACAAAGUAGACCAGCCUUUUUUCUUUUUUUUUAGCCAGCAGAUUAUCAAUGCUGCAGAAAGAACCUUCUAGAUUCACAAGUUUACAAACCUUUUCUAAGUAUUUGGUUGUUUAUGUUUACUUGAAUGUCCUUGUGUCGUUGUGGCCCGUUGUCUUCUUGGUUCCUUUCUCCCACCGUCCUCAUCUCUUACUCUUGCAUUCCUCUUCUUCAUCCUGACUUUUUCUGUGCCUCUUCUGAGUGAAGCCACACUUUGGAAUAGAAGGGAGAGGGUUCUCUGAGGUGGGGGGAAAGGGAGGGGUUGGACUGUGUUUUCAUACUGGAGUCAUUGGGAGUGUGGCCAGGGAAGGGGUUGGGGGAAUCUGAUGGGCUUUGGAAACCUUUGGAAAUUCUCCUGGGAGCUCUGGAAUCAAAUCUCAGAGAGUUUUGCAGGGAGAUCCUGUUGUCUAGUUUGGGGGGGGCGGGGAGCAGAAUCAAUGCCGUUUUAGGACAUGUAUUUGGCAGUGGAAAGGCCUUUCUCCUGUACUUUGAAGUUAUUUUAAAUUCCUCUGGUUGAAAUUGCUUCUUUCCUCUCUCCUCUCCCCCACUCUACCUACAUAGAUUUUAUAUUUAAAGACAUUAAUAUGAUCUGAUCAUUCUGAACUUGAUUUGUUAAGUCAUAAAAUAAUCAAUUUGGUUUUGGGGACUGAUGGUAGUGGGAGGAGGGAAGAAAGCAAGGCAGUAAACUCGGUCCAGUGCAUGCUGUUCUGUCAUUUUAAAAAGUCUGUAAAUAUCAAUAGCUUUUACUGGUGCAAUUUUGCAGGAUAAUUCUUCUGCUUUGUUCUUCAGUGUGUAUAGCAGUCACAUAAUCGUGUUUUGUUUUGUUUAGAAAAAUUUGAUAUGAAAAUGGUCACAGUUUUGGGCUUUGGAUCAAAACUUUGGUAGCGUUCACACUGUCUGGAAUCAGAAAAUAAAAACCAAGGGUUUUUUUUAAUGUUGUUUGCACCACCCAGUCACUCUGUGUACCCAGCUCUGUGAUAAAGCAGCAUCUUGGAUUUGCUUUUGCACUUCGAAAGCUCGGGUGGGCCCUGGAAGAAGAUUGCAUCUCCCUCCUCCAUCAACUAUUCAUUCUCUUUGUAGGUACUGUCCUCUUUUUGGUUUAUUCCAGUUUAAUUUGAGGAGGCUUUAUGGACUGUUCCUAACAUUUCAUUUUUUCUAGCAAGAAGUCUUUAAAAAAAUUUUUUUUUAGUUCUAGACUACAGAUUGUAGCUUUGUGUUUGCGUUUUAAAAAUAAAAAAUAAAAAAGGGAUUUUUUUUUCCUUGCACAGUUCCUCAAAAGAAAGAACUAUAUCAGUCCUGAAUUUUGUUCCUUGUUUUACAGGUACAUGUUUUCUAGCUCAAACUACUUAAGAAAAACAAAAAUAUUAAAAUAUUUUUUAAAAUUAAAAAAAUAAAAAGCAAACAAACCACAACUGUAGAUUAUGUCUUGAUGCAUUACCUAAAUGAAAUAGCUUCCAUAUUGAGGGGUAGCAGGGUUUUUGUUUGUUUUUUUUGGUGUUUUGUUUUUUCAUCCCCUGAGUUGAGGAUAGAGUUGGACUUUGGUACGAUUAAAACAGGUACUGUUCUGACCAGGAUUUUCUGUACUAAAAAAAAAAUGUCACUUUGUAUAAAAAAAAAAAAAAACCAAAAAAGUUAAAGAAACUGAUUAGUAUGAUUAAUA